AAGCACACACGGAAGCUUCAGCCGAGCUUCCUCACCCCCGCCACCGCACCCACCACCACUCUCAUCUUUCAAGGCGUCGGCUUAGUGCGACUCCUUGAUCGACCACUUGCACCCUACCGCAAUCAUGUCCAAGCCCGAGGAGACGACGCAGCCUGAUGGCGGUCUUAACAUCAACGAGAGCGAGAUCGAGUCCAACUGGGACACGGUCACCGACAACUUCGAUGACAUGGAGCUCAAGCCCGAGCUGCUGAGAGGCAUCUACGCCUACGGCUUCGAGCGCCCCUCGGCCAUUCAGGCGCGCGCCGUCGUGCCCGUGAUCAAGGGCCACGACGUCAUUGCCCAGGCCCAGUCGGGUACCGGCAAGACGGCGACGUACUCGAUUGCCAUCCUGCAGCGCAUCGACCCGUCGAUCAAGAACGUGCAGGCCCUCAUCCUGGCGCCGACGCGUGAGCUGGCGCAGCAGAUCCAGAAGGUCGUCAUCGCCCUCGGCGACUACAUGAACAUCUACUGCCACGCCUGCAUCGGCGGCACCAACGUGCGCGAGGACAUGGGCAAGCUCAACGAGGGCUGCCAGGUCGUCGUCGGCACGCCCGGCCGUGUGUACGAUAUGAUCAACCGCCGCGCCUUCAAGACGGACCACCUCAAGAUGUUCUGCCUCGACGAGGCCGACGAGAUGCUGUCGCGCGGCUUCAAGGACCAGAUGUACGAGAUCUUCCAGCUGCUGCCGCAGGACACGCAGGUCAACCUGCUCUCGGCCACGAUGCCCACCGACGUGCUCGAGGUGACGAAGAAGUUCAUGCGCGACCCCGUGCGCAUCCUCGUCAAGCGCGACGAGCUCACGCUCGAGGGCAUCAAGCAGUUCUACAUUGCCGUCGACAAGGAGGAGUGGAAGCUCGACACGCUCUGCGACCUGUACGAGACGGUCACCAUCACGCAGGCCGUCAUCUUCUGCAACACGCGCCGCAAGGUCGACUGGCUCACCGACAAGCUGCACGCGCGCGAGUUCACCGUGUCGGCCAUGCACGGCGACAUGGAGCAGGGCCAGCGCGAGGUCAUCAUGCGCGAGUUCCGCUCGGGCUCGUCGCGCGUUCUCAUCACCACGGACCUGCUCGCCCGUGGCAUCGACGUGCAGCAGGUGUCGCUCGUCAUCAACUACGACCUGCCCUCGAACCGCGAGAACUACAUCCACCGCAUCGGCCGUGGCGGUCGUUUCGGACGCAAGGGUGUGGCCAUCAACUUCGUCACCUCCGACGACAUCCGCAUGCUGCGCGACAUUGAGCAGUUCUACUCGACCGUCGUCGAGGAGAUGCCCCACGAUGUCGCCGACCUCAUCUAAGCGGCGCGUGCGCGCCCCGCUUGUCGGCGCCGCUGCCCUCCGCUGCACCGGCGCCUGCUGUUCCCGUCACCUAUUCCCAUCUCGUCCCUUCACCCGCCGCACCAGCACGCUCUAGCGGCCGUCUUGCAACUCUUCGUCUCUCGACAUGACAUCGUCACUCCGUCGCCACCAGCGGCGCAUCCUGCGCGCGCCUCCGCCACCUCAGCCUGACCCGCCGCGCUGCACGUAUGCUCUCCUUGCCCGCAAGGCGCCAUGCACACGUUUCUCACUCGCCCCACCAUGCUCUGCGUGCACGCCACGGCGGCUGCCUCGACGCCAUCAUCCACACCGACGAAGGAGCGCUGCAGAUCGCCUCUGCAGUGACGCUGCUGCCUUUCUCCCGUGCCACCCUCCCACCCUCUACCUUCUCCACCCCGGGCUCCGCU